GCAGACAGCCAGUGAACCAACAAGUGGGUUAGAGCAAGAUGUCCUGGCUUAUUCAUCUUCUGACCUGUGUUUUUGGGACAGGCUCUUGGGUUGCUAUUAAUGGUCUCUGGGUCGAGCUUCCUUUGAUUGUAAAUGAACUGCCUGAAGGAUGGUUCUUACCUUCGUAUCUCACAGUAAUUAUUCAGCUAGCAAACAUAGGACCACUGUUUGUUACUCUGAUGCACAGAUUUGCCCCUGGGAAGUUAAAAGAAGUUGGUGUCAUUUACACUGUCAUUUCCAUAGGAUUUGUAGCAUGCUUUAUGCUGGCAUUCUUUUGGAAACAAACAACGGUAAUUGCUGGGGAACUUCACAGCACAGCCUUUCUGAUAAUCACUUUCUUUUUAUCUCUGGUAGACUGCACAUCUUCAGUGACAUUCCUGCCUUUCAUGAUGCAGCUACCGUCUGGGUAUCUAACUACAUAUUACAUCGGUGAAGGUCUCAGUGGCUUAAUCCCAGGACUAGUUGCCUUGGGCCAGGGAGCUGGAAUGGUAAAAUGCAUCAAUGUUACAGUCAACACCACAAUGGACAGUGGAAUGAAAGGAGAGGACAUAUACAAAAUUGAGACCCAAUACUUGCCUGCCAACUUUUCACCUGAGGUCUUCUUCUUUUUUCUCAGUGCCAUGAUGGUGGCCUGCCUGUCAGCCUUUGGAUUUCUUACACGAUUUGUAUGGAAACUGGGGUCAUCAACUGUAAACUUGAUGAAUGACCAAAUGGCAUGUGCUACUUCUUCAAUGCCCGAAGUGCAGUUUGAUACUACUAGUCUGGGAAGGGGGUCCCACAUUGUGACAGAGCUACAAGUGCAGGAUAAUAAAACACAUUAUGGAGAUGGGGAAGAAAAGAAGGAAUCUGAUGUUAAAGUUCGAUACUCAACUAUUCAAUAUGGCCUCAUUUAUUUUCUUGUUGCAUGGGUAAAUGCACUGACCAAUGGUGUCCUUCCAUCUGUCCAGACGUAUUCAUGCAUGCCUUAUGGGAAUACUGCCUACCAUCUUUCUGCAACUUUGGGAGCCAUGGCAAACCCACUAGCUUGCAUCAUUGCGAUUUUUCUUCCCUGUCGGUCCCUGGCAUUACUUGGAUCCCUCUCUUUGAUUGGCACUGGGUUUGGUGCAUAUAACCUAGCCAUGGCAUCAUUAAGUCCGUGUCCAGUGCUACAAAACUCAGAUAUUGGAGUGGCCAUAAUUGUCCUGUCUUGGAUUUUUUUCAUAGGAACCUUGUCUUAUACAAAGGUGAUGACUGGCAUCAUACUCCGUGACAAAAGCCACAGUGCCCUCGUGUGGUGUGGAGCUGUAGUACAGCUGGGCUCUAUGAUAGGAACAUUAGUCAUGUUCCCAUUGGUCAAUGUCUAUCAGUUAUUUAAAGCUGGAGAUGUCUGCACCACCCAAUGUCCGUUAUGAUCAUUUGUUUUGCUAUCUGCAAAAGGAAAAAAAUGAGCUUUUGUUUUACAAUCUGUAAUGGAUUUAUGGGCUGAUACUUUAAUCCUUCUUUUGAGAAGAAUAUCAGUGAUGUGCUUACACAUGUACAUGGACACACACAGACACACACAUACACACACACACACACACACACACACACACACACACACACACACACACACACACACACACACACACACAUAUAUUUAUAUAUACAUAUAUAUGCAUAUCUGAACACAUAUUCAUGUAGACAUAUCUGACAUCAGCUUCAAUGUGGAAUAGGACACCCUCUUUCUUCUCUAAUCCAAUAUAUUGCAUUUAUAAUGCUCACAUUUUUGUUUUGUGCAUUAUUUACUUUUUUACAUUUGAAUUGAAUGGCGUUUAUUUAGGUUGAUGGUUCUUACAUUUAGUGCCAAAUAGAAACUGUUAUACAAAAAAUUUUAAUGACCAAAGUAAUGUAUAUGUACUUCUGCCUGCCUGUCUGUCUGUCUAGCUACCAUAACUCUCAACCUCUAAAUGCAAAAAAAUCUGGACAAAGCCUGACAGAAUUGAGGUGAAAAAGCCCAAAUAUAAGGACAGAUUUAAAUUACUGUUCUUAUAAAUUUAGAAAGUUAUUAGAAUAACAGGGUUUGUCUUAGCAUGCA